AACUGCGUGAGUCCGUGGUUGAUAAGGUUGCGUAAUGUGUAGGCUGCGGGCUCCACGGUGAGCAAUCGCGUUCUCUAUGCUUCUAUGAGAAGGGAAGGUUGACACUGGACAGUUGGACAUAUGGAGAGAGAUGCAGUGGUCGGGAGGAGGGGGGCGUCUCUUUCUGGCUUAGUCCAGUCGUCAUUAGCUCACGCUGGAGCCGGCUGGGCGCAGUAGCACAGAGCAGCGUGCACUCUCCUCUUCCUCCAGUAAUCACCGGUGGACUAUGGACACUUUCCCCGCAGCUCGCACGUCCUAACCGGCGUCGUGCCGCAGAUCGAGGAGCCGCAUGAGCAAGCAGAAGCCCCGAAUGAGGAUGGUGUAACCGCAAGAGGCACUUCUCACUACUCAGGCCAUGGCUUCUGUGCCACUCCUUUUUGUAAGCUUCCUUAUCUCCUCCCUCCAUCCAUGUGAUGCCCAGGUCAUCAUUGGCACAUCGCCCUCCUUCUCUCCUCUGGAUCUUCCUAAAGAAUCUCGACCUACAAAGCAGACAGAUAGAUCCUGGUCGUCUUUCCCUCCCACGGUGCACAGUCCUGAGCCAGCUAAGGUUACAGCGUGGAAUUGGCUGACAAUAACAAAUGCAGCACAGCAAGGGUCAAGGAUACACUCUGCUCCCUCUACUAUGUCGACUCUUUCUUCUCAGACGCUUAGCCGUGGGACAAACAUCAGUCGACUAAGCGUUACCGGGCCCAGGAUGGGAUCAACUAGCCCGUCACUUAGUGGGACUUUGUAUAAGGAAAAAGCCUUGACGACAUCUGUGCUCCCUUUACCCUCUGGCGACAAACCGGUGACAGCUAGCAGUCUACUUAAAGGGGCAAGGGAUUUGCAGGGACUUGGAUCAGGUAGUACAAUGCUGAUGCUCGAAAAAGAAGAACUCCUCACUCCUAUGCCAAUGACUACUGAUAAAAUGGCACAGUAUCAACCUCAAGCACAGACUAAAAUAGCUGUUGUGCACAAUUCAUCAGUGGACACUCAGACUCCCAUGCCUCAAGUGUUGGCACUGACGACACAAACUGUAUCACGAGCCAUGCCGUCUCCCAUAGUAACACAAGCCACACCUCCUGCUGUUGUAUUAACAGGUGAAUUGACACCUCCCACUGACAGAAAACAUGAGUCAGGGGUUGCAGUGACUUUAAGCAGACCUUCCACCACAACCACAGUCGGCUCCAUUGGAAAACAACCACAGACUCCUAGACCGCCAGUUACCAAUCGAAGCAAGCAGAUUUCUCUUUCAAAGAUCGUGACAGAGAAAGUAGCUGCAACAACUGCAGCUAGUCUGCUUAUAACUACUGGAUUGGAUGAGAAAACACCAACCAAAGCAAAAAACAAACCAUACAAAACUGCACAUCCGGAAAGAAACACAACAAGGACAACUGUGCAACCAACACCAACAGUGAGCUCAUCUUUCCUGAACACCAGUGUUACACCAGUCGCCUAUACAAGCUUUAUUGAUCAGAAGAACCAUUCCAUUUUGUCAGCGGAUCCUCACCAAGCUUCUGAGCCGUCCCCUUCUCCCAACUCUGAGCCCGCCCCAAAUGGAAGCCUUACCUACUGGGGUGACCUGAACAGGAGUCUGACUUUUGCAUGGGAGCUGCAUGUCUACGGGUCAGCAAGCCUUUUCCUGCUCUUGUUUGCCGGAUCUGCUCUCGGGCUCAUCUUGGCCCCGACUUCAAACUGUCCUCAUCGGGGGGCUCUUGCUCUCGCCAAUGCCCUGUUGUUUCUAGUUGGAGGACUUAGGGCAUCUCUUUUUCUGAUUGAUCCCUAUGGGACACAGAAGAUCCUUCCUCGUUCGGCAGUUGCAGCCAUUUACAACUUGCCACUACACUUGCUGGUGUGGACGCAGGCUGCCUUGGCCCUGCUGGCCUUGAGGGUGGCUGGAGUGACAGUUUUACCUUCAACGUUGGAGCGUCCUCCCCUGGUGGCUGUGUUGGCUGUGCUGCAGUGCACUCUGCUGCUGGCUGCAGAUCUGCUUUCCCCAGCCCUGUCGCCUGUGGUGCCUGUCACCCUGCAGGUUCUCUCCCUGUGCUGGGGUCUGGGUCUCUGUCUAGGAUUCCUCUUCUAUCUGUUUCCACAUAUACGAUGCCCUCCCAUUCCUCACCCUGGAAUCGCCGACGAGGCCAGGAGAAAGGGUUGGACGGGGAGCAGGAGAGAACGGGUGAUUUUUGGAAAGGUGCUGGCAAUUUGUGCCGUUGUUGGAGCACUGUGCUGUGGGCUACAUAUUCAUGCCACCCUUUGGCUCUAUGGACUUCUAGGGGACUGGAUGAGCUUCAAUUGGGGCUGGUGGCUGGUUCAUUUCUGGGACAGACUCCUGGAGCUGGCCUGGGGAUUAUGCCUCCUUUUCUUGGCUUCAUGGGUGUUCUGGAGGCCUCAGUGUUGCAGAGGAAGAGAUGACGGGAGAGCAGGAGAUGGAAGAACAGCAGGAGACAUGCCAUCCCCUGGCCAAUCUGGAGGCUCCUCUCAUAGACACACGUGCUGGUCAAAGAUAGUUCAGAGUCUGACAGGGAAACCUUGCAGAAAAUCUGAUAGUAGCGGAGUUGGAGGAGGAGGUCAAGCAGAGAUGCCAAACAAUUGGGCUGGCCAAGAACGUUCUGGAGUUGACAUCACAAAGAGUCUCAUCAGGAACCAUAAUCAUGAUCAAACAGCUGCCCAACCACAGUGCGUCAAAGACAGCAACCGAGUACGCAACCACAGGGGCACUUCUGCAGAGCGUGGUAUAUCUGACGGCUCAGCAGGUUCACUGCUCAGACUCCAGGCACUAGGACUGACACCACAGCGCUCAGUCAGUGGAAGUCUGGAUCCGGAUAGGGACACGUCUCUCUCUAUGUGUGAGUUUGAUCUCCGGCCCCCAUCUCCCAUUAACCUCACCCGCAGCAUCGAUGAAGCGCUGCACCGAGAGCACCUGCUCGAAGGUGGUAGCUUGUUCCAUUCUUUUAACCAAAAUUCACAAUCUCUCUCCCCUGGAUCAGGAGUCAGUCCAGGGCCUUGGCUGCGCAGGAACAGUGACCCCCAGUUUUCUGAGAGCAGUGAGGCGCCUACUGAGUCCUCCAUGCCUCUGGGGGGCAGCAUUCUCAGCAGUGUGCCCAGCAGGCAGGUGACUGCUCCACCCACACCGUCCCACCAGGGUCACAGGUGGGCCGGUAACGAGGCAGGAAACGUCCCCUCGUCGGUGUCCUGCCCCGUGUCACUUCACCCCUCUAGAACAUCAACGGGACAUCUGGGGGAGGAUGGAGUUGAUGACACACGACCUUUCAUCACACCAGACUCUGACCGGGGACGGGGGAGGGCUGCAAGGCCCGUCGGUUCACGCAGUUACCUGGAGGUCAGCCGACAUGACGACUCUGCCAGUGUGAGCAGUGAAAUUAUUGACUUAUGAACCAAGUCUUAGACAUGAGAACCAAGGGCCUGCACACAUCAAAAUUUGUCAGCUACAAAGAAAAACAAUCAUCUGAAAUGUAACUAUAAAACAUCCAUCCAUGCAUCCAAUUUCUCUAGUGCUUGUUCUCACUUGGGUAACUGGUGAACUGGAGGCUAUCCCAGCUGGCUGGUCGCCAGCCAUUUGCAAGGGAUAUAUAAAAAUACAAGCAUUCACACUCACACCUAUAGGCAAUUUAGAGUCUUCAAUAAACCGAACGUAUGUUUGUAGAAUGUGGGCGAAAACCCAAAUCAACAUGGGAAGACCAAAAAAAGUCUCCAUAGGAAGGCCGGAGCAGAGAUUCAAACCCCGGACCUCAGAACUGUGAGGCAGAGUUGCUAACCACUAGCUCACCGUGCUAUCAAACUAUAAAAGAGAGUCACCUACAGCGGUGCCGUGAAAUACAAAUGCAAUUUGUUCCGUGACUAUGUUCGUAUCUCAAAACAUUCAGAUAUCAAAUACUUCCCAAUUGAAAUGGAAAGAAAUGCAUUUAGUCUGUUCCAGCCCCCACAGAAAACACCCAAAAUUUGUUCUGGUCAUGUCUUUUCAUCAGAAAAAUUGCAUUCAACAGUAUUGUACGAUAUAAAAACACACAGUAGGCCUCAUAACAUUUGCUCUCCACAUAACCUGCGAACACAGAAAAUGCAAGCACAAAACACAACUUUUCCCUUUUCUUCUUUCUUCUUCUUCUGUGGAGUCUAUUGGGACUUAGCAAACCACAUUACUGCCACCAAAUGACAUUGUCCUUCCACUGCAAGGAAACCAAACACAGGUGUGUGUGCGUGUGUAUGUGUAUAUAUAUAUAUAUAUAUAUAUAUAUAUAUAUAUGUGUGUGUGUAUAUAUAUAUAUAUAUAUAUAUAUAUAUAUAUAUAUAUAUGUGUGUGUGUAUAUAUAUAUAUAUAUAUAUAUAUAUAUAUAUAUAUAUAUAUAUAGGGCGUGUCGGUGGAAUUGAGGAGGUCUUCGAAGUAUUCUCCCCACCGCCUCACAACGAACUCCUCCCACGUCCGAGUUUUUGCCUCACCGACCACCAAACCUGAAUUCGCUUGGCCAGCCGGUAUCCAUCAGCUGCCUCAGGAGUCCCACAGGCCAAAAAGGCCCGAUAGGACUCCUUCUUCAGCUCGACGGCAGCCCUCACCACUGGUGUCUACCAACGGGUUCCGGGAUUUCCGCCACGACAGGCACCAACUACCUUACGGCCACAGCUCCGGUCGGCGGAACAUGGUCCACUCUGACUCAAUAUCCCCCGCCUCCCCCUAGACGUGGGUAAAGUUCUGCCAGAGGUGGGAGUUGAAACACCUUCAGACAGGGGAUUCUGCCAGACGUUCCCAGCAGACCCUCACAAUACGUUUGGGCCUGCCAGGUCAGAUCGGCAUCUUCCCCCACCAUCGGAGCCAACUCACUACCAGGUGGUGAUCAGUUGACAGCUCCGCCCCUCUCUUCACCCGGGUGUCCAAGACAUGCUGCUGAAAGUCCGAUGACAUGACCACAAAGUCGAUCAUCGAACUGCGACCUAAGAUGUCCUGUUGCCAAGUGCACGUAUGGACACCCUUAUGCUUGAACAUGGUGUUCGUUAUGGACAAUCCGUGGUGAGCACAGAAGUCCAAUAACAGAACACCACUCUGGUUCUGAUCGGGGGGGGGGGGCUGUUCCUCCCAAUCACACCCUUCCAGGUCUCACAGACAUUGGCCAUGUGAGCAUUAAAGUCCCCCAGCAGAACGAUGGAGUACCCAGCAUGAGCGCUCCCCGACACCCCCUCCAAGGACUCCAAAAAGGGUGGGUACUCUGAACUGGUGAUUGGUGCAUAGGCAUGUGGGGAUCUGUUGGGUCAUAAAACCAGUCAGUAUCUGGUGUGGUCUGGUGCAUAGGCACAAACACCAGUCAGGACCCGUCCCCCCACCUGAAGGCGGAGGGAGGCUACCCUCUCGUCCACCGGGGUGAACCCCAAUGUACAGGCGCCAAGUAUACCCGCACCUGCUCAGCGCCUCUCACCACGGGCAACUCCAGAGUGAAAGAGCGUCCAACGCCUCUCAAGAGGACUGGUAGCAGAGCCCAAGCCGUGUGUGGAGGAGAGCCCGACUAUAUCUAGUCGGAACUUGCCAACCUCACACACCAGCUCAGGCUCCUUCCCUGCCAGAGAGGUUGCGUCCCAGGCCCCUAGAACCAGUUUCUGUAGCCGAGGAUCGGAUCGCCAAGGUCCCCGCCUUCAGCCUCCGCCCAUCUCACACUGCACCCGAUCCCUAUGGCCCCUUCCACAGGUGGUGAGCCCACGGGAAGGGGGACUCACGUUACCCUUUCUGAUUGUGCCCGGCCGCCAGGCACCGUGCUUCGAGCAGCACCUCCAGGCCUGGCUCCAGAAGGGGGCACCGGUGACCCACGUCCGGGCAAGGGAAACUUAUGUCCAUUUAUUUUGUUCGUCAUAGGGGGUUUUGGAGCCGUGCUUUGUCUGGUCCCUCACCUAGGACCUGUUUGCCAUGGGUGACCCUACCAGGGGUGUGAAGCCCCAGACAACUUAGCUCCUAGGAUCAUUGGGACACACAAACCCCUCCACCACGAUAAGGUGACGGCUCAAGGAGGGGGAUAUAUAUAUAUAUAUAUAUAUAUAUAUAUAUAUAUAUCCCCCUCACAGGUGUGGCAUAUCAAGAUGCUGAUUAGACAGCAUGAUUAUUGCACAAGUGUACCUUAGGCUGGCAGCAAUAAAAGGCCACUCUGAAAUUUGCAGUUUUGCUUUAUUGUGGGUGUCUGUUGGGUCAUAAAACCAGUCAGUAUCUGGUGUGACCACCAUUUGCCUCACGCAGUGCAACACAUCUCCUUUGCAUAGAGUUGAUCAAGUUGUUGAUUGUGGCCUGUGGAAUUUUGUUUCACUCCUGUUCAAUGGAUGUGCGAAGUUGCUGGAUAUAGGCAGUAACUCAAUCGAAAGGGUUUUUUGCUGACUGUGCCAUAUUGUCAUUUUGAUGGAAGGCCUUUCUCAGCUGCGCUAAGGAUUGAAAUAACACGCAGGUAUUGCAAAAGCAGUUAGAUUUCCUUUUUAUUUUGCUGGAUAUUGGCAGUAACUGAAGUCGUUUACAACGACGAACUCCAGUCAGGUCGAGACACCGAUGAGGACGGCAAGCAUGCAGAUGAGCUUCCCUGAGACGGUUUCUGACAGUUUAUGCAGAGAUUCUUUGCUUAUGCAAACCGAUUGUUGCAGCAGCUGUCCGGGUGGCUGGUCUCAGACAAUCUUGGAGGUGAACAUGCUGGAUGUGGAGGUCCUGUGCUGGUGUGGUUACGCGUGUUCUGCGGUUGUGAGCCCGGUUGGAUGUACUGCCAAAAUGUCUGAAACGCCUUUGGAGAAGGCUUAUGGGAGAAAAAUGAACAUUCAAUUCACAGUCAACAGCUCUGGUGGACAUUCCUGCAGUCAGCAUGCCAAUUGCACACUCCCUCAGAACUUGUGACAUCUGUGGCAUUGUGCUAUGUGACAAAACUGCACAUUUCAGAGUGGCCUUUUAUUGUGGCCAGCCUACGGCAUACCUGUGUAAUAAUCAUGCUGUCUCAUCAGCAUCUUGAUAUGCCACACCUGUGAGGUGGGAUGGAUUAUCUCAACAAAGGGGAAAUGCUCACUAACACAGAUUUAGACAGAUUUGUGAAGAAAAAUGGGAGCAAAAACAAAAGGGUUGCGUUUAUAUUUUUUCCUGUAUAUAUAUAUAUAUAUAUAUAUAUAUAUAUAUAUAUAUAUAUAGUGGAACAUGCAUACUUUCCACUCCUAAGAAUGGUUCCUCAGUGGGUCUUUACUGAUUUGUAAUGCGUGGCUCAUUAAGCUUCCAAUUGAAAUAGAUUUAGAUCAUCUCAUCGUUGUCUGGAAACAUUGCUAAAUAUAAUUGUUACGAAUGGAAGACAAGCUGUGCUCUUGUAGGUCCCCUAGCUUUUACUUCUGUGUGCAUAUCAACAAUAGUCAUUUCAUUUCAUAUGGACCUGGGAAUUUUCAUUUCAAUUUUCCUUUGUCAUGUAAAAUGUGCCAUAUAUUAUUUUGCUUUGUUCUGUGCUGGUAAUCGUUCUGUAAACCCACAGCCUAUCAUCUUGAACAUGGUGACUCAAAUAUUUUUAAGCUCUUAAUAUGCUACCGCUGUCCUGGCUGCUUUGGAACUGACAACAUAUUGAAGUAGUAAACAACUACCACAGUUGCAUCUGCUAUAACAUGUAGAACAGGCAGUACAUGCUUACAUGCUAAUUGUAGACUAUUAUCAUUACUGGGUGAUGUCAAUGCCGGUGAUUGCAUUUUAGGUUUGGAAUAUUGAAUUCCAACCUGACACAGGUUUCCAGGACGGAACCAAAAGAAAUAUAUAAAAUAAUAAUCUGGUUUGCCAUAACGCAGUACUUCAUUUUUCAUCAAAGCACUAGACUGAAGUAUUUUACUACUCAAGAUAAAAGUAUCUUUUGAAUAUAUUAUAUAGAUGCAGCAAUGUAAAUAUUAUUAUUAUUUUUGUUAAAUAAAGAUAUAUUUGAAACAUAGUCAUAUUUGUCACUGUGAAAGACAAUCGAAAGUGAUUUUUGCUGACUGUGCUGUAUUGUUAUUUUGAUAGACUUUCUCAGCUGCGCUAAGGAUUGAAAUAUCAAGCAGGUAUUGCAAAAAUACUUAGAUUUCCUUUUUAUUUUGCUGGAUGAAAACCAAGUAUUUUUAAUUGAAAAUACUCAAAGUGUACAGAAAGGAGCUUGAUUGACCAUGUACAAUUGGGAUGUUGCAGCAAACAACAUACAGAAAAUAAAUAUAUGUUUUAGUUUAUUGGAAUAUUAUCAUUUCAGGGAUGAUUUCCAGAAAUGGCCAAUGCCUUUAUUCGCGUAACAGAUCAUGACAAGAUGACAUCCAGUUCUUCCAGUGAUGCUUAAAUUGUUUAGUCUUUUUAGUCCAAGGGUCUUGUGUUGUGGUCUACAUUCCAAUGGCUUUUUAAGAUGUUGCUGUCUUGCUGUUUGCUGUUCUUUUUCUUCCAGACUAGAGUGGAAGCAUUAAAUGUAUUCAGUGUUGCCCACUCUGAAAAGCAUAUGUGCCAUAGAAAAUUAAUCCAUGUGCCCGCCCCAGUGUGUAGUUACAUUGCAGACAUUCAGUAUUAGAUCUGUUUAUUUGGACUAUCUAUCAUUUGUUCUUUCAUUUCGUGGAAUUUCAUGUCUAGAUUCAAAUAAAAAUUACAACAUGAAAUGA